AAUAUUCUACGUACGAUCACUGAAAACUCCACGUCACACACUUGACAACUACCAACUUGGGAAUCGAAGUAUGACAGAUCAUUUUGGGUCUAAAUUGGAAGGAAAUAUAGAUAUUCCUGAAGGCGAACAAAACUUCAAAGGGUCAUUUUUGUCCUCUGCCUUACAAUCAAGGAUGUCUAUAUCACUUGCCAAUGUAAAUGCCAGAGAAUGGAUCACAAAGACCAGGGAAGGAGUGAAACCAUGGACAGAAUUCUUCAACUUCAACAAAUUCAAAGUUCCCAAGUCAGUGGCACCAGUUCCCAAGAGAGUGGUCCGUAACAUUGAACAGUUCCAGAGUAACUACCUGUUUGUAUUUGGAGGACUUAUUGUUUUCUGCAUUUUAACAUCGCCUUUACUAUUGGUGGCAAUAGCUGCCUGCUUGGGAGCCUGUUAUAUCAUAAGUUUGAAAAACCAGGAAAGAAAAGUUAGAGUGUUAGGAAGGGAAUUAAGUUUGGCCCAACAGUAUGCUGCGGUCGGUCUUUGCUCAUUUCCUCUCUUCUCAUUGGCCGGAGCUGGAUCUGCUGUUUUUUGGGUCAUAGGCGCCUCUUUCUUUGUGAUAAUGCUUCAUGCUUCCAUGUACAUGACUGCAGAGGAAGCUGAAAUGAUUGAACUUGAAAUGGAGGAGGUGCAAACAAUGUAAAUGACUUAUCAGUGAGAGGGAAGUUAUGUGUUCAAUCCGAUGGGAUUAAAUCAGCUCGCUAUGGAAUGUCACCAGUCCACCAUCAACGUCCAUCGAUCCUGCUUAUUAGAGAGGGAAACGCAACCCAUAUCCUGUUUGUAGUACAAUCUUUGUCAGACCAGGACAAUCCAUUUACAUAUGAAACAUAUUUCUUUACACAGAAACAUUUACACAAACAAUAUAUUUGCAUAUUUAUAUCUUUGGGAAUUUUUUUAUCAUAAAUUUCUUGCAUUCUUUGUUUUAAGAACAUUUGUACAUAUAUGCAUUUGAUUGUUAAUAGAUGUAUAUUGUCCAAGUUUUGCAUAAUGUAAGUUAUAAUUUUAUCAGGGUUUGAUAUUUGACACGAUAUGAAUAUGUAUGCCUGUAACUAAUACAGCCAGGGAACUUUUGUUUUUGUUUUUCUGUAAGAUCUGAAGUUAGUAUUUUUAUCUGGGUCAUCAAUCAAGGUUUAAACUGCCAAGAGACUAGCUGUGUCACUGCUGGUUUAAUGUCGACUAUCGUAACACAGAUCUCCAUGCCUUUGUCUGUCUCUCUGUUAGUGACCCAGUCACAUCAUUUGGAGCUUAUGUACAUCUGAAUCUGAACUAUUUAAAUCAAAAGCUACAAAUAACGAAGCUCUGUUACCUACCUAUAUACCGGUAUAUUGAGAAAUACAUGUACUUGCAUUUUGCUUGUGUUAUCUAUUAUAUAACAUUAUGUAGAUAAAGAUACUAGGUGAAAUGUCACCUUGAUGGGAUGUUCAUUUGAUAUCAGAGGUCAGUGUACAUUGAUAUGGUGUAGAUAUACUGGAUAUACCCAAUACUUGGAAUUACAUUAUUUAUUUUAUAUAUUAAAUGUCAAGCAGUGAUUAGAUAUCAUGUAAACAAAAUUUACAGAAAAGGUUUUUAGAAAAUGCUGAAAUAUCGAACCAGAAAUUUUCAAUCCUAAAAAAAAAUUGUGUGCCAUUGUAAAAUAAUUUAUAUAUAUAUGACCUCAUAACUUUUGUCUUUUAUUGAUAUAAUAUAUUUAAGAUAUGAAAAAUCUGUUUUGAAGUUUGUUAUCAGAUAUGUAUUUAUGCAUGACUUUUUCUUACAUGUAAUCAUGUUAUGGUAUAAAUUAUUUUGAAAAUAAAAAUUUUAAUGACUAAAAUACAAUCUUGUUAGUUUAUGAAUUAUAAUAUUCCAGGCUUGUAUGUGUUUAGGUGAAAAGACUGUUAAAAAAUAAUGUUUUUGUUUACAAUAUUUUAAAGAAGUAAUUUUGUCACACAAUGAAAAUGCCAAUAUUGCCUCAUAUGAAUUUGAUUUAAAAGGGCAUUCAAACCUUCUUCAAUUGAAACUUUCACUUGAAAAUAACCACGCGAAUUUCACGUCAUAUGAAUUGCAA